UCUGUAUCUGUAUCUGAAAUUGAUUAUGAAAUGUGGGGAACUGAAGAUUGGAACAGUAAGGAAUUAAUAUCUUGAUUAUCCCUCUUUCUUGGUUGUCCUCUUUAGGUUGCAGUGAUGCCAGUGGAGCUGACAGCUCUUCAUUCGGAACAGAUUCAGACCUCCGCAGAAAUGGAGAAAACGGUGACCCUCUUAGAAAAAGGAACCAUUGAGGUUUCUGAUGCCAAGGAGCAGCUUGUGGGUGCAGAUGAAAAGGAAGCCAAUGAAGUGGCAGCUCUUGCCAAGGUUAUUCAGGAGCAGUGCGAGGGGGACCUUGCCGAGGCAAUGCCAGCCCUGGAAGCUGCCCUUUUGGCUCCCGAUAUGCUGAACCCGGCAAAUACCUCCUUUCUCAAGGUCCAAUCAGAACGCAAGAAGGGGAUUACCCAGAAGAAAGAACACGGGAAUAACCCUGAGGUUGCAGUGAUGCCAAAGGAGCUGACAGCUCUUCAUCCGGAACAGAUUCAGACCUCGGCAGAAAUGGAGAAAACGGUGACCCUCUUAGAAAAAGAAACCAUUGAGGUUUCUGAUGCCAAGGAGGAGCUUGUGGGUGCAGAUGAAAAGGAAGCCAAUGAAGUGGCAGCUCUUGCCAAGGUUAUUCAGGAGCAGUGCGAGGGGGACCUUGCCGAGGCAAUGCCAGCCCUGGAAGCUGCCCUUUUGGCUCCCAAUAUGCUGAACCCGGCAAAUACCUCCUUUCUCAAGGUCCAAUCAGAACACAAGAAGGGGAUUACCCAGAAGAAAGAACAUGGGAAUAACCCUGAGGUUGCAGUGAUGCCAAUGGAGCUGACAGCUCUUCAUCCGGAACAGAUUCAGACCUCCGCAGAAAUGGAGAAAACGGUGACCCUCUUAGAAAAAGGAACCAUUGAGGUUUCUGAUGCCAAGGAGAAGCUAGUGGGUGCAGAUGAAAAGGAAGCCAAUGAAGUGGCAGCUCUUGCCAAGGUUAUUCAGGAGCAGUGCGAGGGGGACCUUGCCGAGGCAAUGCCAGCCCUGGAAGCUGCCCUUUUGGCUCUUGAUAUGCUGAACCCGGCAAAUACCUCCUUUCUCAAGGUCCAAUCAGAACGCAAGAAGGGGAUUACCCAGAAGAAAGAACACGGGAAUAACCCUGAGGUUGCAGUGAUGCCAAUGGAGCUGACAGCUCUUCAUUCGGAACAGAUUCAGACCUCGGCAGAAAUGGAGAAAACGGUGACCCUCUUAGAAAAGGAAACCAUUGAGGUUUCUGAUGCCAAGGAGCAGCUAGUGGGUGCAGAUGAAAAGGAAGCCAAUGAAGUGGCAGCUCUUGCCAAGGUUAUUCAGGAGCAGUGCGAGGGGGACCUUGCCGAGGCAAUGCCAGCCUUGAAAACUGCCCUUUUGGCUCCCGAUAUGCUGAACCCGGCAAAUACCUCCUUUCUCAAGGUCCAAUCAGAACGCAAGAAGGGGAUUACCCAGAAGAAAGAACACGGGAAUAACCCUGAGGUUGCAGUGAUGCCAAUGGAGCUGACAGCUCUUCAUCCGGAACAGAUUCAGACCUCUGCAGAAAUGGAGAAAACGGUGCCCCUCUUAGAAAAAGAAACCAUUGAGGUUUCUGAUGCCAAGGAGCAGCUAGUGGGUGCAGAUGAAAAGGAAGCCAAUGAAGUGGCAGCUCUUGCCCAGGGUAUUCAGGUAAUUGUGCUGUGCAGCAUGGUGGCCCCUCUCCAUCCUCUGCGCUGCCACCUUACCUGAGAGUAAGCCCCAUGGAACCCCAGAAGACUUAAAAAAAGACCCACAGGGCUGCACUGUCAGCACAUGAUGUGCCCUUCCACAGUUGGUUUUGAACUAAAGAGUGGCGAUUAAGA